AUGAAAUAAUCAAUAAAUGAGUGACUAGUUCACGGGCUGAUCAGUUGUUAUAAAAUGCCUCAAUAUUGAAUAAUAAGUAAUAAUUUAAAAUUAAACAAUACUAGUUUUUUCAUUUGCAUACAAAUAUUAAAUUUAUAUUUUUUUUCGUAAGUAAUUUGAAAUUGAUAAAAUUUAACAGGCUCAGAUACUGUUUUGGACUUAAUUUCAAUAAGCGAUCAAAUAAAUAAAUUUUAUCAAGGCUCAAAAAUUUUAAUGGCAUAUGCCAAAACUAUCAUGCAUGGCCCUUAUAGUGAUCCCGACUUCUGCAAUGUCUGUUUCAUUCCUGCAUCGAAGUUUUUAAAAAGAAAUGAAAUGAGUCAUAUUUUACCAAAGUCAAUUAUGUUAAAAAAAAAAUUAUGCCACAACUUGUGCGAGCUAAGUCCGGUACAGAUGAUUUGGUUUCAUACAGCACAUAAACAUUUUGUUAGAAUUUAUGGACAAUUGUUUUUACGCAGAAAGCUUGUCCAGGAAGAAUUAUCUUGGAAUACAUAUUAUUCAUCAUUAAAUACAAAUUAUUUAAUCGAUAGAAAUAACCACUUCACAUGUAUAGAUAAUAAUAAUAGUAGAGAUAGUAAUGACAGUAACAAUAAUAAUAAUAAUAAUAAUAGAGAUGAUAAUAUUAUGAACGAUUUCGACAAUGAAGAUAUGGAAAUUGGCAAUAGAGAUUGGCUUGACAAUUUUUAUAUUUUAUCUAGAAUUUUUAUUCUCUUCAGCAUAAUUUAUUUCUAUUCUUCUCCUAUAAGAUUUUUGGUGGUCACCAUUUUGGGACUUUUGAUUUAUCUUUAUCAUAGCGGACUGCUUGGAGUUAUUCAAAAUGUCAAUAAUAAUAUCUAUCAUAAUGAAGAAGAGCAACAAAAUAGGAAUCCUGCAAACUUACUUCCUCAGCAUUAUCAAAAUCAGCGAGUAGAUGCAGACAUACGUCAACCUCACUUGAAUCCUGUCGAUGAACAUCAGCUGGAGUGGCCUAGAACUAUACGAGUUAUUUAUACAUUUUUCAGUUCAUUCUUUAUCUCUCUUAUUCCUGAUCAGCCAAAUAUAGUUUAGAUUGAAUGUCAAAUAAUAAAUUCGAAUAUUAAUACUAUUUCAAAUCUAUAAUGUUAUUUAUUUAAUUUUGAUAUGAAAAUAUAAAAAUAUUAGUAUAAUAUGAAUAUAUUACAUAAAAAUGAAUGAUAUUGUUUUCACACUACCAUUAAGGUAGAUAUCAUGGUCCGUUUUUUUAUAGUUUUAUUCCUAAUAGGCUUAAUCAAUUAAAGUAACAUAAAAAUUUUAUAUUACAAUAUUAUUAAGGAUAAUAUGUUUAUUUGGGUCUCGACAUACAUAAAUACAUAUAUGUCGAGAUAUUAUUAAUUUCAAAUCAUAGAGUAAACAAUUUUAGUAGAUGUAAUUUAACCUAUAAGGAAUACCACUGUAAAAACAUAUGCAAUGUUAUUUCUCUCAAUCCUGGGAUGGCAAUAAUAUCAUAU